UCAAAAUUCGUCUGAACAAAAUGGAGAAAUACUAAGAGAAUUGCAAAAAUCUUGAAGUGCUCGGUCAAUCAUGGCACAUGUUCCUAUUAUUCAGGUCUCUAGAAUACAGGAAGAUGGCGAUGAGAUCUCCAAUUUGAAAAAGAUGAAGCCCCAUGUUCCAGGCAUCGUCAUUUUUGCUGACCACAAUAGGCAAAUGCCAUGGUCAGUGACAUACCAUGCAGUGGUUAUGUUUGCGGACAUUUCAGGGUUUACUGCUCUAUGUGAAAAAUACAGUCAUAUGGGACAGUCUGGUGUUGAUCAACUGACCCGGACCCUUAAUGAAUAUCUCAGCGCUCUUGUAGAGGGAAUUCUAAGAUCAGAUGGAGAUAUCCUUAAAUUUGCUGGUGAUGCCAUAUUAGCUAUAUGGCGGGUCGGAAGAAAGGAAGAACUCCAAAGUGAAUUUGUAAAAGUCGCAAAAUGUUGCCUUGACAUACAGGAGAAGUGUGGGGAGUGGGAUACAGACAUUGGUGUUAAACUCACUGUUAAAAUAGGUCUAGCUGCAGGUGAGAUGUCAGUAACGUUCCUGGGUAACAAGGAGUUCCGUCACUAUGUGGAGCUGGGCCCUGCAGUCACGGCUGUCAAUGCCGCCGAGCAUUUCUGCCAGUCAGGGAUGGUUGUGAUCUCCCCUGACACCUGGGAGUAUUGCGAACAGGGCCUGUUUGAGUUGGAACCGAUGGAGGAUGAAAAACAUAUGAGGCUGAUGUCCCUUAUACCAACCAAAAGGACCAGAAGUCAAAGUCUUCCAACAACUGUGCUGGUUUCAAGAAGAAGUUUUGAAAGAAGAAUGUCCGAUGAAAAGCCACCAGAGUUCCCAGCCAAAGGAAGUCUAGAUUUGGCCAGUCCUUCAAAAACCAAAGACUCAGACUCGUCUGAUUUUGAUAAACCUGUAUCUGGGCUCAAGACUGCAGUUGAAAAUAAAUUCAAGAUUGGAUCAAGAUUUGGAAAGCUCAGAAAAAUUGUAACAGCAGUGACUGAAAUGAAACUAGAUGUUGCCCUGCGACUCUACAUUUUGUCACCAGUGUUGAAAAAGCUAGAUGACAAUCAGCCCCUGGAAUAUCUCUCUGAAAUGAGGCAGGUGUCCAUCGUGUUCAUGAAUCUGGUGCUGUCGGAGGGUAUAGACACUGCCAGCACUCUUCAGACCAUCUUUGAAUUGGUGUACUCCAGAACCAAGGCAAUGAAUGGUUCAUUAAAUAAAUUAUUCCUUUUUGAUAAGGGCUGCACAUUUCUGUUGAUCUUUGGGCUGCCUGGCUUCAAGAGUGAGAAUGACUGCGCCCAUGCCCUCAUGAGCUCUGGGAGAAUGAAGAGCCAACUGCACAAGGUGCAAGGUGUCAGAAAUGUAUCAAUUGGUGUCACCACUGGUACAACCUUCUGUGGUGUAGUAGGGCAUCCAAAGAGACAUGAAUAUUCAGUUAUUGGUAGGAAGGUGAACAUGGCUGCUCGGUUGAUGAUGAAUUACCCCGACAAAGUCACCUGCGAUACGGACACAUUCCAAACCUGCCGACUACCUGCCUCGUACUUUGUGGAAAUGGCUACAAAGCAAUUGAAAGGCUUGAAAAACGUGGGUGUAAUUCGGGAGUUUGCAGGAUUUUCUGGAGAACAGAAAACUGUUGCUAAACAGAUCACCCACUCAAUGUAUCCUAUACUUGGUCGUCAGAUGGAGGAGUUCAUGUUUGGAGACCAGGUGGCAGCCAUGAGGAGUGAGGCACCUGCACACCACAGGCACCUCGUGUUCAGCGGACCUGCAGGCAUUGGCAAGACCAGGCUCCUGGACCAGAUACUCAGCAUGUCUCAGCAGGCUGGAUUCAGAGUGAUAUCAUGUCAAUGUGAUUUGGAGGACAGCAGCUAUCCAUAUUUUAUAACCAGCCACAUACUACAAAGUCUCUUGCGUUACACUGGCUUCUCUGAAAAGCUCUCAAAAGAUGCGUACCUAACGGAUGCCGUAGGAGUGAACAAUGCCCAGUACUUGUUUCUACUUAAUGGCAUCCUAGAUUGCCAGCUCGAGACUCCAGACUCCUUGAUUGGUGCCAAGUUUAAUGAACAGAGUAAGCGGCAACAGUUGCUGAGAGCAAUAGCGGCAAAGUGCCUGCACUCAGAAGCCAUACGUGAAUGUGUGAUAGUGAUAGAUGAUGCCCACAACGUGGACACCUCUUCAUGGCAGUUCCUGUGCGAGAUGGUCAACCUGAGCCACUGCCUCAUCAUUCUGUCCAUCCGACCCACCCUGCUGGACGUGCCAACGUGUCGAGCAGCUAAGGACUUCAUGGAGGACCCUCAGGUCAAGGUGGUUGACCUUGGGAGUCUUGAGCCCAAGUACAUGGCACCCCUGGCAUGCCAGAUGCUGGACGUGAUCAGUAUACCGAGAGAUCUUGACAAGUUGCUGCGCGAGCGUGUACAUGGUGUGCCACUGUGGUGCAUGGAGUUUCUGAGAGAUUUGGUUAAGAACGAACAACUUUUGGUUGUCAAUGAUGAUGGACAAUCGGACCUAGUUUCCCAGUCAACUGUGGCUCCCAAUCAAGAUCUGAUCAAACCCUUGACCCCUGCAAGAGAGUUGGAACUUCCCUCCACUCAAAAGUUACUACAUGUAGCUGCUGUGAAGGUACAACCUUCAAAUUACAUGAUGGACACUGAAAAGGAUUUUCUGUCCGCGACUGGUUACUUAUACGCCUCCCCGAGCCGCAAUGAAAACCAUCUAACGGUGUCUGACCUGGCACAGAUAAGUGCAGGAGGGGCCAUGACAAGUAUGUCACGGCCUAACAGCAGUAUCAAGCCGAAGAAACUGCCUGCUGUUACCGCCAAGCACAGGCUGGCUGUAUUUGAAAAGGAUGUAAAACCAGAGGACAUACCCAUACCAAGUGCCAUGAAAGAGCUGGUGAUUGCCAGGAUAGAUUCCAUGCGAGCCUCUGAGCAGCUGUUGAUAAAGUGUGCUGCAGUGCUAGGGCAGAAAGUGCGGAAGGACAUCUUGGAAACCCUCAUGCCAAAGGCACAUCGCUCAAAACUGUCGAAGGGCAUACGAAAACUGAUGGAGAAUGGUAUAUUUGAAUGUUCCAAUGCACCAAAGCAUAUUGACAGAAGGUUGAGCCUUGGAGAAAGAUCAAACGUGAAGUCCAAGUGUUACUGCAAUGCUGAGGAGGUGGCAGCCUCUGAACCGAACAGCGUUCCAUCUUGCAAUGAACCCAUGUUCACAAAUAAACUUCUGCAAGAGACUGCGUAUGAAAUACUCAUGGAGUCACAGCGGAUCGAGUUGCAUACAAAAGCUGCCACAUUUCUGGAGCUGUCUGCAGAUGUUUUACGUCAACAAAUUCCAUAUCACAUUUUAGGACGACCCCCACCGAGGGAGGAUUUGGAGAAUCAGUUAAAGCGCAUCGACCUCAAAAUGCAAGAUCUCGAUACUAUGAUAAAUAUGCGAUCACUGAGACCAGACAACAGGAUUGCAGACCUUACUUUUGCAAGAACAGCAGCAGAAAUGAAAACUAAACGUGGACGCCGACUAGCUGUGUCUGUCACAUCUGAGAACAACUUUCCCCUAGCACGAAAGAUUGCUGAAGGAGGGACCCCAGUGGAACAGAUUGGGCAGUUGAUAGACAGCCUCCUGCCAGUGUAUGAUAGCCUCAUAUAUCACUGGAAAAAUGCAAAAGAACACACCCAUCUUGUCAACACCAUGAUUGAAGCUAUUUCUGCAUCUGUUGAACGCAAGAAAUUAAAAAAGGCAGAAGAAUUGUUGGAAUCAGCAUUUGCAGCACUGCAAGAAGCCUCUGAGGUGCCAGACUCCAACUUGGUAACAGCCAAGCUAUUCAGGAUGAAAGGAAAGUAACACUGGUGGAGUGUUCACAUUGGAGAAGGGGUACCUGUUGGCUGAACUCUACAAGAUUGACAAGGAGCAAGGAUUUCAUACAUCCAAACUUGCACAUGCCAUGAAGUACUUCACAAAACUGGCUGGAACAGACUUUGAAGUU